GAUUUCUCUUUUUCUCCCCCCCCUCAAUAUCUUUUCAAUCAAAUCCUUCAUACUAUUUUAAAGUUUCUUACCUAGUUGAAGUGUCCUGUCGCCACUUUCGGCUUCACUGCCAUUGAAUCGUUGGCCCCUUCCAUUUCCAUUUCCAUUUCCAUUUCCAUCUGCCUCGUUCCGUUUUUGGAUGCGCUAUGUCCCCUUUCAUCACGCCACUCUCCAAAAUGGAAUGAUUCAAUGUUGUAUCUCAACGGUAUUCGCCCCAAAACAUUCUUUCUUCAUCUUUUUCUUCUUGCAUCGGGUAUCGGCAGUCAGCAUACCGGAUUUGACCUGUCAUACCCCUCCUACUUUCUUACGCCAAGUUCUCAGUUGCUGCAGCCGCCGCAAAGCCCUCCAUUAUGCUCGUAUUUGUGUGGUUGAUAAUCUUCCGCGGGACAUUCAAUCCUAUCCAGUUCGUCGGGAUAAAUCACAAGAUGCUAGAGGGAAGUCUCAAACUGCCACGUCGCACCCUACGUGCAAGCAUAGAGAGGGAAGCCGUGGGCUUCCCGAAAAGUGCAAUAUUUGUUGCUGAGGAGGCUGUUUCCGAGUAGGCUGAAAGUUCUGUACUCGGGCAGAAGAAAUCAAUCGGACCA